AUGCUUCGGAAGGCAGUUGGUCGUGGCGGAAGUAUUCGCUCAAUCAAGACUUUACACACGCCUGUCUUCAAAACCAAUGAUUUAGCCACUAAGCAGGCUCUAUUGGAUGAUAUAAAGUUACUAGACAAGAUAGUGAACUCCACAUCUCACAAUAAAUCGCUACUAUCCACCGGUAAAUACAGAACCAAGCCUCAGAUUAUUACAUCACAAGACACUGUUAAAUUGCAAAAUGUUGUGAGAGAGUUUUUAGAUAGGAUUCAAAUGGAGCAAAGCAUGGCGGAUCCCAAGCAGGUCGAUCUUAAGCAAAAGCUGAGCAAGAUUGGUUUGCAAUUGUUUGUUGAUUGUCAUGAUAGGAACAUUAUUCCAAUGAGUACAACCUUGUCCCACAUUCUGAUGCAACAGUACAAUCAGUCGCCGACUAGAGAGACUUUAAAUGGGAUACAGCAGAGUCUAAGUAAGGUGCGAAAGUUUCUUGAAGAAAACAAAGUGAUAAUCAAGAGCAAGGAUGAUAUAGAUGCACUUGUCAAUGAGGUAUACAGCUCACGUUUGGAACUUGACAUUAUCAAACGUGUUCUGGAGGCCGUCGACUACAAACUUCAUUCUCCAGACACAGUUAGGGUAGUCAAGAGCUCGAGGACUACAGAUGACCUAGAAAUAUCCAAAGGUUGGAGGUUCCCAGCAGGAAUUAUGGAUACCAAUGAGGCGUAUUUGAGAAGUUUGCGAUUACCAGAGAAGAAAUUGGUUUCUAUUGAGAAAGAGAUGCUAGUUUUAGUGUACGAUGGGACGUUGAAAGAUGCUGAUAAGAUUUUGCCCACCCUCAACUAUGCAGCCAAAAUCCAGAAGUCUUUAUUACUAGUUGUUACUGGUGAUUGUAUAGGUGAUGCCCUCACAUGCAUCACCAUAAAUAACAACAAGAACAUGCGCCAAGCGAACGAUAGUCGUGCAAUCAUCAUGAAAUAUAAUACAAAGGCCAACGGAGACCUCGCAUUACAGGAAAAUUACGAUUUCAUCAACUUUUUGCGUCUUCCUAAAGGUUUUGCCAGCGUCUAUUCUCCCGAAUUCAGCCCUUGCGUCCCCAGUAAGUUUUGUGAGGACCAAUUCUACGGUAAAUUAGCCUCUUUGAAAGCUACUACGGGUGAAGCUUUCCUGUACAACUCUACAGACUGGAGUGAUAAUGACUCGCAUAAUCAGUUUUUACAGAUGACCGUUACGGUUAAAGUUGGAGGCCACAGUGAGCUCGAAAUUGACCAAAGAAGAACCUCACUCGAUAACCUAAUCAAUAACGUGUUGUGCCAUGGGCUGUCUAGCGGUUUUAUCCCUAGCUAUGGGAUUGCUUUGGCGAAAGCUGUGCUCCCCGUUAGCACUCUCAUCAAGCCUAAUACUCCUCUUGAAACCAAAUUGGGAAUUGAAGCUGUCACAAUGGCUUUGACCGCUCCCAUGGCAACAGCAUUAGAAAAUAUGUACAGUUACAACAAGUUUCAAGUGGCAGGACUUGUAGCAGACGCUAUUCAAGGUCCGGACUUCACUAAAGCUUCGCUCGAGCCGAACUCAAAAGAACAAGAUCUACUAGAGCGUGGUAUUUUGGAGCCUUGGAACAAGAUAGAUCAGUGUCUUGCAAAUGUGGCGACAUUCAUCAGAUUGCUAAGCAGUUGCAAUACAGUGGUCGCGCAAGUGAACGAAAAGCCAAAGAGAGCCAAUACGUGA